AUGAUCCAUUCCAUCCUGGAAUGGAGGAACUUGCAGGAAUUCGGACCCACAAAGGAAGAGACGGCGGAGAGCGAGGAGCAGGAGAUGGAGGCUUCAGAUCCUGAAGACAGCAAAAGCCUGGACAACCAAGAGGAUGAUGAUGAGGCUGAUGAUGAAGAUGAUGAGGCUGAUGGUGAAGAUGAUGAGGCUGAUGAGUCUUCUGCCUUGGGCUGUGUGAAGAUAAUAGAAGAUGUUGACAUUAAUUUUAACCCCACCGCUUCUAUAAGCUCCCCCCAGCCGUGUCAGAAGAGGCCGUUGCUUGGCCUUGUAGUCACGCCUACCAGAGAGCUGGCCGUACAGGUGAAACAUCACAUUGACGCCGUAGCCAAAUUCACAGGGAUCAGAACCGCAAUCGUGGUUGGUGGGAUGGCCCAACAGAAACAACAGAGACUGUUGAACCGAAGACCGGAGAUCGUUAUAGCAACGCCAGGACGUCUGUGGGAGAUGAUCAGUGAGAAGCAUCCUCAUCUUUCUAACCUGCAGCAGCUCAGCUGUCUUGUUAUCGAUGAAGCGGACAGGAUGGUGGAGAAAGGCCACUACGCCGAGCUAACCCAGCUGCUGGAGAUGCUGAGCGACACUCACUACAAUCCCAAGAGACAAACGUUUGUGUUUUCCGCCACGCUGACCCUCAUCCACCAGGCCCCCAGCCGCCUCCUGCAGAAGAAACACUACAAGAAAAUGGACAAGGAAAGCAAGCUGGAGAGCCUCAUGCAGAAGGUCGGCAUGAAGGGCAAGCCAAAGGUCAUCGAUCUGACCAGGAAGCAGGCCACCGUGGAGACUCUGACCGAAUGCAGAAUAAUUUGCUCCACCGACGAGAAGGACUUCUACCUGUACUACUUCCUGCUGCAGUACGCCGGGCGCACUAUGGUCUUUGCCAACAGCAUCGAUUGUAUCAAAAGGCUGACGUCCCUUCUCACCAUCCUGGACUGCAACCCGCUCCAGCUGCACGCCAACAUGCACCAGAAGCAGAGAUUGAAGAACCUGGAGAGAUUCGCCGAGAGAGAGAGGUGUGUCCUGCUCACCACUGAUGUGGCUGCUCGCGGUUUGGAUAUCCCCAAUAUCCAGCACGUUCUUCAUUACCAGGUCCCGAGGACAUCAGAAACAUACGUGCAUCGCAGCGGCAGAACCGCUCGUGCCUCCAGCGAUGGCCUCACGCUGCUUCUGAUUGGACCAGACGAUAUGAUUAACUACAGGAAAAUCUUCAGGACUCUGGAGAAGAACGACGAGCUUCCCUUUUUCCCCGUUGAGUCCAAAUGCAUGAACGGAAUCAAGGAACGCGUCGACCUGGCCCGACAGAUUGAGAAAAUUGAGUAUUUCAACAGUAAAACAAAGCACCAGAAUUCCUGGAUCCAGCAGGCGGCUGAAGCUUUGGAAAUGGAUAUCGAUGAGGACGAUUUAUUAGGUGGGAAGCCGGAUGAGCAGGAGGACCGAGCGAAGCAGAAAGCCUUGAAAUUCAUGAAGAAGCAACUGAAGAGACUUUUAUCGCAGCCGAUAUUCAGGAACAUCCUGAAAACCAAAUACCCGACCAAGAGCGGCCAGCUCGCCCUCCCCGACCUCCCCAGCACCAGAUCUGAGAGCGCCCUCUAUACCCUCUCCAACCGCAGCAAUAAGGAACCCAAGAAGAAGCUCAGACCCUGA